GAAGGGCCUGCUGCUGCUUACGCUUGCUUCUGACACAACUGUGCUCACUAGCAACCACAAAACAGACACCAUGGUGCACCUGACUGAUGAUGAGAAGGCUGCUGUCUCCGCCCUGUGGGGCAAGGUGGAUGUGGAACAAGUUGGUGGCGAAGCCCUGGGCAGGCUGCUGGUCGUGUACCCCUGGACCCAGAGGUUCUUUGAACACUUUGGGGACUUGUCCACUGCUGAUGCUGUGUUUUCCAAUCCUAAAGUGAAGGCCCAUGGCAAGAAGGUGUUGACCUCCUUUAGUGAGGGUCUGAAGCACCUGGACAAUCUCAAGGACACCUAUGCUCAUCUGAGUGAGCUGCACUGUGACAAGCUGCACGUGGAUCCUGAAAAUUUCAAGCUCCUGGGUAACGUACUGGUGAUUGUGCUGGCCCACCACUUUGGAAAGGAAUUCACUGUGCCGUUGCAGGCUGCCUAUCAGAAGGUGGUGACUGGUGUGGCUAAUGCCCUGGCCCACAGGUACCACUGAGCACCCCUUUCUGCUUUCCAGUUCCUGAAAAAGGUCCCUUUGUCCUCAGAGCCCAACUACUGAACAUGGAGAAAUAGUUAAAGGCCUUGGGAAUCUGGCUUCUGCCUAAUAAAGAACAUGUAUUUUCAUUGCA